AUGGUGCUCUGGCGACGGCCGUGCCAGAUCGGUGGUUGGCCCGCGGGACGACCGCGACGACGCGCCGACAGCACCACAAUCACCGCCCGUACCAGCCGCAGCGGCCACGGGCACGAUGACGUGUGGCGGCCGGCGGCUAUCGCCGUCGUACUACCGACACCACCGGCGCCGGUGCCGGCACACCGGCGACCCGCAGCACAGCCGCCGCGGUCUGAACCACCAGCACGAUCACCGCAAUCAUCACCACUACCACCACAACUACUACCGUCACCACCACCACCGUCAUCAUCACCACCAUCAUCAUCACCGCCAACACGACCGACACGGGCACGGCCAAUCCCGGUUGCGGGCAGCCGUGGCCACCGAUAG